CAUCGAGCUUCAGUAUCGACCUCCGUCUGUCGUUCAGCGGCGGCUGUCGAUGACGUCAUCACAAACGGACCAUGUUGUCAUUCUUGAAAUGAGUGAAGCAAUCGUCUUCACAUUUCAUUCUUCUUAAGUUCUUGAUCUUAUUUUCACCACAGAGACUUAAAAAUGGCUGACUACUGGAAGUCACAACCAAGGAAAUUCUGCCAGUACUGCAAGUGCUGGAUUGCAGACAAUAAGCCCAGCAUCGAGUUCCACGAAAGGGGGAAAAAUCACAAAGAAAAUGUGGCUGCCAAAAUUUCAGAGAUUAAGAAGAAGAGCAUUCAAAAGGCAAAGCAGGAGGAACGCAUGUCCAAAGAGUUUGCUGCGAUGGAGGAAGCUGCGUUGAAGGCCUAUCAGGAAGAUCUGAAGAGGAUGGAAAGAGAAGCGCAAGGUCUAAGCUCUCCGGAGCAAACGACAGCACGGCCACAAGUUCAAGUGAAACCCCAGCCAAAGAAGCCACAGAAGAAAGCAGCGAAGGCAAGCGGUAAGGUCAGACAGCAAACAGAAGAGCAGGUUUGGGUUGAAGGCCUAACAGAUGAUGGACACACGUAUUACUACAACACAAUAACAGGAGAAUCUAAGUGGGAAAAACCAGAGGGCCUCCAGGGAGCGAGUUCAGCCUCUGAACAGACUCAACAGACUGGAAGUACUUCAGGCUCUGCUUGGAUGGAAGCUGUCAGUCCUGAUGGUUACACAUACUACUACAACACAGAAACCGGAGAGUCCAGCUGGGAGAAGCCUGCUGACUUCCCCCCUGAUGAGGUGCCUGGAUCCAGCUCUGAAUCCAACCAAGAAGGAGAGGGUCCAGAGGAUCCCGUGACCCCUCAGCCAGAGCCUCUAUCAGGAGAGGAGGAGAGUUCCAACGGGGCCCCAUCAUCUCAAGAGGCUGAAGCCCCUGAGAAAACCAGCCAGCAGCCCAAAGUGCCAAAGAUCAGCUUCAGGAAAAGGAAAGCAGAGACGGAGCCAUCAGAAAAAGAGGAUGAAGAUAAAGUGAGUGACGACACUCCUAAAGAUGACAAUAAAGAGGCGACAAAAGUUGAGGAGGUCCAAAACACAACAGCUGAACCGGAGAAAACAGAAGAACAGGCGACACAAAGGGAAACGAAAGCCAAGAGGCCAAAAGCUGCCAAUCCAUACGGAGUCUGGGAGCAGAUCCUGCAAGAAGAGGAUCCGUAUGAAAAUGUGGAUUUGCAGCUGCCUGAAGUGGAGGGAAGCACUGCCAGCGCUCCAGCAGAGCUGCCCCCGGAGCCCAAGCCGAAGUUCAAAGAACGCAUCAUCACUUCCCUCGGAGAAGAAGGCGGUCCGGCAUCGUUCCGAAGGAACAAGACACAAAAUGGCAAAUCGAGGAGCCUCCGACAGAGAGACAAAGAUGACUGACCCCCCCAACAAAGCCACAAAAACAAUAACGUCUAAGUCAGGAUGCCGCAGAAUGAGACUUUUACACUCAGAGAACUUCUACUAAAACCAUUUUGACAUUUUAUUGCAUCUAUUGGAUCUUUGAUGUGCAGCAGUUUCAGGAGAAAUUGGCUCGAGAAGUUACAAAUUCUUUAAAGUGUGUUUUUCUAAGUUUUAACUGCUGGGUACAGUUUUUGUGUACAAUAGCUGGUGAUUUAGAUAGGUUGGUAUGAUGUUGGGCGUCCCGUUUAUUAAUGUGAAGAAUUUUCUCAGCAAAUCAAAGAAACAUUUUCUACUUCAAUAUCUUUUUUUUUUGUUUAAGUAAGUAAGGCAUCCGACUGGAAACAUCAGUCUAAUAUUUGUCAGCUGAAGUGAAUAAUUGCUAUACUUUUAUAAAGCAGUAUGGAUUGUAGUUAUUAACAUGAGAAAUAUGUGAUGUCAAUAAAUAAUGACCUUCCAGUUAGUGGGGGAAAAACAACUUUAGAAAAAGGCUUGG